CGGCCUCAAUGUGAACAGAGUCUUCACUGAUGCUGCUCAGAAGAUCAUGGCAGCCAAGAAGCAAGCUGCUCUACUGGCUUCCUGUAAAUCUCUCCCAAACUCUCCCAGUCACUCUGGAGGAUCCACCCCAGUGUCAGGUGUCUUUCCAGGACAGGCCAGUAACGGUGGUCAGAGCAGUGAUUACUCCUCAUCACUUCCCUCCACCCCUGUGAUCAGUCAUAAGGAGAUCGGCAGGACAGCCAGAGGGGAGAAACAAGACAGUGCCACGCCUGGGUCAGUGCGAAGCGCCACCCGAAGACGCACCUCUCGAUUUGCGGGCCGGAGAGGCAGUGAUUCAAACAGAAGAAGUGCAGACUAUAAAGGAGAUCUGGGCAGUGGGCGCUCCAUUCCCAUCAAACAGGGCUUCUUGCUGAAGCGCAGUGGAAGCUCACUCAACAAAGAGUGGAAGAAGAAGUAUGUCACACUGUCCAACGAUGGCAUACUGUCCUAUCACUCCAGUGUCAAUGACUACAUGCUGAACACCCCGGGGAAAGAGAUGGACCUGCUGCGAGUGACAGUGAAGGUGCCGGGAAAGCGACCGCCCCGUGCUGUACCUGCCGGCGGCCCUCCAGUCGGGCUCAACGGGCGGGUCAAAGACGUGCCGGGACCUGAGGGUCUCAGCCCAGUCCCUGUAAGUGCCAGUAGUCUCCUGCAAGUGGAGGAAAUGGAAGGCCUGGGCGGUGCACUCUUCCUGAGGAGUAACAGAGGGGUGCAGCGAUGUCCUUCCACAUUAUCUAACCAUGCUCAAAGUGUUGACUCUGCAGUUGAGGGAGUCUCCAGCUCCUCCUCCACCAAAGAUGUUGGCUCUGCCUCCCCAGUGACUGACAGGAAGAAGCAUCGUAGGAAGAAGAGCAUGAACCAGAAAGGAGAUGCAACCACUGGCCAAGCAGAUGCCAAGCGCAAAAUGUGGAAACUGAAAAGCUUUGGUAGCUUAAGAAACGUAAGCAAGACAGAUGAGGAUAACUUUGACUUCCUCAUCGUGUCGAGCACUGGCCAGACGUGGCACUUUGAAGCCCAGAGUGUGGAGGAGAGGGAUUCCUGGGUCCAAGCCAUCGAGAGCCAGAUCCUGGCCAGUCUGCAGCUGUGUGAGAGCAGCAAAAACAAGGCUCGCAAGAACAGCCAGAGUGAAGCGGUGGCUCUGCAGGCGAUCCGCAACGCAAAGGGCAACAACUUCUGUGUUGACUGUGAUGCACCAAAUCCAACCUGGGCCAGUCUGAACCUGGGCGCUCUCAUAUGCAUCGAGUGUUCAGGAAUCCACAGGAACUUGGGAACCCAUCUGACGCGUGUUCGCUCCCUGGACCUUGACGAUCUGCCACGAGAGAUGACUCUGGUUCUCCGUGCCAUCGGCAACCACAUGGUCAACAGUAUAUGGGAGGCGCGCACACUGGGGCGGCGUAAACCAGCGCCCGAUGCUACAAGGGAGGAGCGGGAGUCUUGGAUCAGAGCCAAAUAUGAGCAGAAACUGUUUGUGGCGCCGUUGCCUCCUCCCACUCCCAGUGAGGGCCCAGACAUCACACUAUCUGGCCGUCUUCUGUUGGCAGUGAUGGAGCACAACCUCCCCAGGCUGCUGCUCCUUUUGGCCCACUGCACUAAGGAGGACAUUAAUGCACCUCUCAGCCUGGCCCUCUCAUCCAGGUCGCUCUUAGCGCUGCGACUGCCCGGCUCUGCCCUGCACGCUGCCUGUCAGCAGGCUGAUGUGGUGAUGACGCAGCUUCUUGUUUGGUAUGGCUGUGAUGUUCGGUGUCGGGACGCUCAGGGGCAGACAGCGUUGGCUCUGGCUCGUUGUGCUGGCAGCCAGGAGUGCGUCGACAUCUUGCUCCAGUACGGAUGCCCAAAUGAACCGUCCCCCUCCGUCGCCACGACAGUCGGUUUCGCAGCAGCCGCUACAUCCAGCUUCCCUGUUGCUAUGACGCCUAGCCUGACGGUUGCCACGACACUCAAGAUCUCGCACAAGAGCGGUGGCACCAGCUUGAGCUACAGCACUUCCAGAAGAGCAGUGUCAUAAUGGAAAUAUGCUCAAAGUGAAAUCCUCAUGGUAAUCUUAUCAAGAAUGUGUGCCAGGAGGACUGGGACAGGGGAGGGAGGACUAAACAAGGACACAAAUUACUGUUUCAUCACUGAGAAUGCAUUUUAUAGGAACACAUGUACUGUUGGUGCCAUAUUCACCUGUUGGACUUACAACCAUCUCACUCUCUAAAACUGAGAUUUAAACCGCAGCUAAGUUAAACCUUUCAGUUUCAGGCAA